AUGGCCGCGCGCACGACCCCAGAGCAAUUGAGUGCGCUGCAGCACACGCCCGAGCGCAUUCGCAACAUAUGUAUUCUUGCGCACGUGGACCAUGGAAAGACGACGCUCAGCGACAGUCUCGUUUCUGCCAAUGGCAUUAUCUCAGAGCGCGUUGCAGGCAAGGUGCGGUACUUGGACAAUACGGAAGAGGAGCAAAUUCGUGGCAUCACUAUGAAAUCUAGCGCCAUUUCGUUGGUCUACCAGCCGGAAGCCACGACUGACAGUAAACAGCCCGAAGCGCCGUAUCUUAUCAACCUCGUGGACUCGCCAGGCCAUGUAGACUUUUCCUUCGAUGUGUCCACUGCAGUAAGACUCUGUGACGGAGCGUUGAUACUCAUUGACGCUGUGGAAGGAGUCUGUGCUCAGACCCACGCCGUGCUUCGCCAAGCGUGGAAAGAAGGCAUUCGUCCCUGUCUUGUGAUCAAUAAGAUGGACCGUCUAAUUUUUGAAUUGCAGUUUUCACCGAUGGAGGCCUACCAGAGGCUGAAUCGUAUCUUGGAACAGGCCAAUGCCGUGCUGAGCUCUAUGAUCCGGAUGGACGUGCUUGAGGAUGAUGACGAAAACACUGGAGUUCAGCAGGAUAAGGCUGUCAGUGUUGACGAUGUCGGGUGGACACAGAAUGAAGAAGCUCUGAUAAAAGAGAUGGAGCAGCGAGAAAAUGAAGUGCUAUUUUCGCCGUCGAACGGGAAUGUGAUCUUUGCCAGUGCCAUAGACGGAUGGGCCUUUGGAAUUGGAUACUUUGCUGUUCUAUACGCGAAGAAACUAGGACUGCCCGUGCAUAAAGUUCGUCAUGCGCUGUGGGGGGAUUUUUACUACAAUGGCAAGACGAAAAAAAUUGUAGCCGACCCGCCAACCUCAAACAGUCAGCCAAUGUUUUGCUCAUUUAUUCUUGACUUGAUUUGGACAAUAUACACAGCAAUGGCAAGGCCUGUUCAGUCAGAUACAGACUUCGACUCACUCCGCACGCUGACGCGACAGCUUCGGGUUGCAAAGCUGGUAACUGAUCGCGAUCUAAAGCACACAGAUCGCAAACUUGCAACGCAAGCCAUUAUGCGCAAGUGGCUGCCGCUGUCGACAACGGUGCUGAAGAUGGUAUCUCGAUUUUUGCCGAGUCCGGUCACUGCGCAGGUCAAGAGAGCCCACAAGCUGUGCGCUUUCCCUCACGAACGUCUUGAACAAUCAUGCCAGUAUGCGCGGGUGUUCCAUUCAUUGAAGUCGUGUGAAGCUUCGAUCAAUGCGCCGCUGGUAGUAUACAUCUGCAAGGUAGUAUCUGUAGAGGCAAAUGUACUAUCGGAUUACCGCCAGGCUGGAUUGGCUCCCAAUGAUGAAGUGUAUGUUGGUGUUGGCCGCGUAUACUCUGGCAUUCUACAAGAAGGCCAACCAUUAUAUGUGAUGGACCCAAAGUUCCAGGGCGUGAGAGACGAUGUUGACACCGACGCAGUCGACCUUGAAACCGUAAAUCACGUAGCGCAGAUUGAUGGCGGUGUGAUCAAACCUUACAUCAUGAUGGGCCGAGAAUUGCACAAGCUUAAUUGUGUGCCUGCCGGAAACAUCGUUGGUAUAGUAGGUCUGCAAGAACAUGUGCUUAAGACGGCUACACUGUCUUCAACAUUAGCUUGCCCUUCGCUAACGAAAAUGCCAUACCAGGCAAAGCCGAUUGUACGUGUGGCGAUUGAGCCGGAGGAUCCGCGUGACUUUGGCGCUUUGGAGGCUGGUUUGCAACGGCUGUAUCGAUCUGAUCCUACCGUUGAGGUUCACGUUCAGGAGACUGGAGAACAUGUUGUCGUGGCGCUUGGAGAACUUCACCUCGAACGAUGCAUCAAGGACUUGAAAGAACGGUUUGCUAAGGUUGCGAUUCAAGUUUCGGAGCCAAUAGUUGGAUUUCGAGAAACUGUCGUGGACGGGACAGUUUCGUCAUUCCAGGAGAAGAUCGUGUUUAAAGCACUUAUGAACCCAGAGACGGUUCGCGACGCAUCGCAUGACCGAGAAGAAGUCGCAAGCAUUUGUGAGUCUCAAGAUUCGAAAGCUGCACUGGGAACAACCCCAGACGGUACGUUAACACUUAAGAUACGAGCACAUCCGUUGCCUGUCGAAACAGCAAAGCUUUUGGAAGAAAACGCGCCGCUCGUCAAGCGCAUUGAGCUUUGCGAGAAAGCUGCUCAUGAAUUGAAUGACAAAGUUGCGAGCGUGGAUACUGAUCUAACUGCGGAGGAUAUUGUCGCUUUUAAAAACCGAUUUGCUACGUCACUUCUAGCCAGUGAAAGUGCGCUUCUAAGGUCGCUUCCUUUGGAUCAAAUAUGGAGUUAUGGUCCGAGACGAGUGGGCCCUAACGUGUUGGUGAACAACAUUCCGAACUACAAUUCACCAGAGUGGACAUCGUCAAUGACCGCUGCGAUAUGUAUCCAGAACUCAGAGAGGGUACGAAUGAUCAACAUGUUGAGGAAUAGCAUUGUGACGGGCUUUCAAAUGGCUUCAUCAGCUGGGCCACUGUGCGACGAGCCGGUGUGGGGAUUAGCUUUCGUCAUUGAAGACAUUGUAAUUCACAAGACCGGUAUUGACGAAAGUAAGUCUGAGGAUGUUAUGGCGGAGGUGAGCAAGUACGGGCCGCUUAGUGGGCAAGUGAUAUCUGUGAUGCGAACGACGUGCCUCAUGGCAUUUGUGAAGCAGCCCGUUCGCUUAGUCCAGGCUAUUUAUGAGUGCACCGUUCAGUGUCAAGCUGAGCAGCUUGGCAAGCUGUACAAUGUAAUCUCGAAAAGGCGCGGUGAAAUCUACUCAGAAGAGCUGUCCGAUGGUACGGCGCUUUUCACGGUGAAGGCCCAUUUACCUGUUGUUGAAAGCUUUGGGUUUGCUACAGACCUCAUGGUUCAGACAUCCGGCGCGGCGAGCAAUCCACAGCUCAUCUUUUCGCAUUGGAGCAUCAUAGAUAUGGAUCCAUUUUUUCAGCCACAAACUGAAGAAGAGCGCGAAGAUUAUGGAGAGUGGGUAUAUGAUCGCAACUAUGUCAGGAAGUACAUUGAAGUAGUUCGCAAGCGAAAGGGUCUGUCCCGCGAUGAAAAGAUUGUCGUUCAUGCUGAAAAGCAACGCACGCUGAAACGGUAG